CUUGCGAUCGUUGAGCUAAAACCACCAUGGCUGCAUUCCUCCGCCGUGGAUUUCUCUGGCUGCUCAGUGUUACUUUGCUUUUGGCUGAUGUGGAUUCCACUGAGAAUACAUUUUAUACGGCUGGGGUAGUGGAAUAUCGACCGACGAUUAUGGGCAGCAGUUCAGAUCAGCUAUUGGAGGCGAAUCUGGCUGGUUAUCUGGAAAUCAUGGCUUCUGGCAACGGCACCACGGACAUCAUAGUCUUUCCGGAGGCCACUCUGAAUAGUGUGGUUACCCUGACUGCGGUGCCAGAAUGGACGAAAGAAAGUUUGUGUGAAGAGCAGGUUGGCGAUGAUCCGGAGAUAGCGCCUUUCCUGAGAUCUUUGGCCUGUGCUGCCAGGGAAUAUAGCACCUAUCUGGUGGUCAAUGUCAAGGAGCGGGUUCCGGAGCAAUGUACUUCGGAUGAGACAUGUUCCAGUCGCGGCUAUUCGAUACACAACACGAAUGUUGUGUUUGACAGACAAGGAGCGGUGAUAUCGCGCUAUAGGAAGUGGAAUCUCUACUUAGAACCAUCCACCAAUCGGACCGAAUCCCCCGAAAUGGCCACCUUUACAACGGAUUUCAAUGUGACCUUCGGUCACUUCAUCUGCUUCGAUAUGCUCUUCUACACGCCGGCUCAGGAUUUGGUGGAGCAACUGGGCAUCCGCCAUGUGAUUGUCACCAAAAUGUUCAACUCAGAGCUGCCUUUCCUCACAGCCUCCCAAUUCCAGCAGGGAUGGGCGUGGGCCAAUCGGGUGAACCUCCUGGCCUCCGGAGGAAGUCUUCCGCAGGGUGGAAUAAGUGGCAGUGGAAUUUACGCUGGUCAACAGGGCGCUCUGGCGCGACUCAUGAUCACGGAUGCACUGGAGGGCGAGAGGAAGUUGCUUUUGGCCAGAGUUCCCCUCAAUCCUGAGGAGCCGAUAGCCACGGAUGAGAUUCUGGAACCGGAAAGGACGACUCCGGUGAAACUAAAACUCCUGCAGCAACCGGAACUAAGUAACUUUGCCACCUGGGAGUUGCCCAUGGUGCGGGGUAGUUCGGUGGACAAGAGGAUAUGCCAGGAGGACUUGUGCUGCCAGUUCCGGGUCACUUGGACCCCGAUGGAGGCCCAACAGGAAUAUAACUACAGAUUGGGUGUUUGGGUUGGCCAGCGGCGGUACGAGGAGGAGCAGUACAGUGCCAUCCGGCUGUGCGGUCUGUUCGCCUGCAGAGGCUCCACUGUGGAGAGUUGCGGCCUGGUCAGCGAGGAACAGGAGCACCUGCAGGGGCACCGAGUGGUGUUCACCCAGCUGGAGAUCCUUGGGGAGUUUGUCCGCAGACCUCGACGUCUUUUAAUGCCCAGCACUCUCAGCUCCUCCAGUCUGUAUGCUCUGCAACCAUCCCAAUUAGCGUGGUCCAUGGAGGAAUUGGACAGUGUAACGCGGAUUAAGAUGGAGCUGCGCCAGCCUCACAGCCAGCUAAUGACCUUCGCCAUAUAUGGCAACUAUUUCGAUGAGUAUGCGAGUGGUGGUGCUGGAAGAUUGGGAGCCCUGCUGUUUCUCCUAAUCACGCCGCUAAUUAUGAGUUAUCUAUUUCGGGAGUAGGUCGAUCCGCGCCACAGCUCAUUUCUACUUGUUUUGUUAACUAUUUGUAUGCUAGUCUAUGUUUCAAAUUAAGAGAUUCCCCUUUUCCCCUAAUUUUUUAGA